GGAUGGCUGGAGAAGGUCACGAUUUGCAGUUGAGCUGAGAGAGGCGUGAAGCAUCAUCCGUCCCCUGCUGACAUUUGAGAAUUAGAGGUAUGGAUCUUCGGCAUCUGCUGUUUACUUUGGCACUGGUCUGUGCAAAUUACUCACUUUCUGCAAGUGAUGACCUUUUGCGGUGGCCACAAAUCAGCAAGUGCAGAUCACCUGAACUGGAGACAUUUUCAUGUUAUUGGACUGAUGGAAAUUUUUAUAACCUCACUGCUCCAGGAACAAUACAACUAUUGUACAUGAAAAGGAAUGACGAAGACUGGAAAGAAUGCCCUGAUUAUAUCACUGCAGGAGAAAAUAGCUGUUACUUCAACACAUCCUACACCUCUAUUUGGAUACCGUAUUGUGUUAAGCUUGCCAAUAAAGAUGAAGUAUUUGAUGAAAAAUGUUUCAGCGUUGAUGAAAUAGUACUGCCUGAUCCCCCUGUCCACCUUAACUGGACUCUGCUAAAUACUAGUCAAACUGGGAUCCAUGGGGAUAUUCAAGUAAGAUGGGAUCCACCACCAACAGCAGAUGUUCAGAAGGGAUGGAUUACUCUGGAGUAUGAAUUGCAGUACAAAGAAGUUAAUGAGACAAAAUGGAAGGAGUUAGAACCCAGGCUCUCAACAAUGGUUCCACUGUACUCUCUGAAGAUGGGAAGAGAUUAUGAGAUACGAGUCCGAUCAAGACAACGUACCUCCGAAAAAUUUGGGGAGUUCAGUGAAAUCCUUUAUGUAUCUUUCUCACAAACAGGUGUUGAAUUUGUUCAUUGUGCUGAAGAAAUUGAGUUUCCAUGGUUCUUAGUUGUUAUCUUCGGAGCAUGUGGGCUGGCCGUAACAGUGAUCUUAAUCCUGCUGUCUAAACAACCAAGGUUAAAAAUGCUGAUUUUUCCUCCUGUACCAGUUCCAAAGAUUAAAGGGAUUGACCCAGAUCUCUUGAAGAAAGGAAAGCUAGAUGAAGUGAACUCCAUCUUAGCCAGCCAUGACAACUACAAGACACAGCUAUACAACGAUGACUUGUGGGUUGAGUUUAUUGAGUUGGACAUAGAAGACCCCGAUGAAAAGAACAGAGUCUCAGAUACUGACAGGCUCCUGAGUGAAGACCAUCUGAAAUCACACAGUUGCUUGGGAGCCAAGGAUGAUGAUUCUGGACGGGCCAGUUGUUGUGAACCAGAUAUUCCAGAGACAGACUUCAGUGCAAGCGACACAUGUGAUGCCAUCUCUGAUAUUGAUCAGUCGAAAAAGCUAACCGAAAAAGAAGAGGAUCUCUUGUGCCUUGACAGAAAAGAUAAUGAGUCGUCACUUCCAAGCCUUGCCGACACAGACACCCAACAGCCACACACAAGUAUUCGAUCUGAAAAUAGCCAGCCGUGGCCACCUUUUGCAGACAGCAUUGGCUCAGCAAGUCCAUCGGUCCAUACCCAGCUAAGUAACCAGAAUUCGUUGACAAAUACUGACUUCUAUGCGCAAGUGAGUGAUAUUACUCCAGCAGGCAGUGUUGUACUUUCACCAGGGCAGAAAUCCAAGAUGAGGAGAGCACAGUGUGAAGGCUGCACAGAACAAAACUUCACCAUGGACAAUGCCUACUUCUGUGAGGCAGAUGUGAAAAAAUGUAUUGCUGUGACUUCCCACGAAGAGGGUGAGCCGCGUGUUCAGGAGCAAAGCCGUAUCGAGGACGCUUACUUCACCACAGAGAGCCUUACCACUACCGGUGUCAAUCUUGGAGCUUCAACAGCAGAAACCCCAAGUUCAGAGAUGCCUGUCCCAGACUAUACGUCUAUUCAUAUCGUCCACUCUCCACAAGGCCUUGUGCUCAAUGCAACUGCACUGCCGGUACCAGACAAGGAAUUCAACACAUCAUGUGGCUACGUGAGCACAGACCAGCUGAACAAAAUCAUGCCGUAGCUCUUCUUUGACUAGGUGUGUGCAGUAUUUCACAGCAGAGAGU